UCAAUUCUGAAUCUCCAUUCUGCCUUACCUUCGACCUGCAGAACCCAAGAAUGGCGGCUGCAGCUGCGAGGCAACUGUUGGUCCACAGGGUCAGUUCAGGGACGCUUCCAAAGCACACGCCCAACAGCCAUGGCCUCUCCGCUUCCCAGUGCUGGAACAAGGCCGAGAAGCUCCCCCAUUUCCGAGCAAGGGUGGCCACCAAACCACCGCACGCCGUGCCGGGGAAGGGCGGCAUUGUGCCGGCCGACGACGAUGGGAUCAGCCUCGGCACGGUGAAGCUGCCUGGCAACAUCGACGUCGCUAGGUUCGAGUCCUUGUUGUUUCAGUGGGGGAACAGCCUCUGCCAGGGCGCAAUGUUGCCACUACCAGUGCCUAUCAAGGUGGACAAGGUGGAGGGUGGGAUCAGACUAGGAUUCAUCGGAAUCGACAACGGCGCGACAUCGCUCCUGGCCUACAUCGACUGCCUGGUGUCCCCAGCGCCCGACGGCUCCGGGCUGGUGUUCCAAGCAAUUAGGAACGGUGCUAUGAAGGACAUGGAACCACCUGGGGAGCCUAGGAUCAUGAGGAGCCUCCUCCAGGCGCUUCAAACGUCUAUUAGGCUGUCGCAAGUUUGACAGUGAACAAGGAACAUGAUGCAGCAGGCUUUGCCAUUCCCUGUCGAUACGACCUGUAAAGCCUGUUUUCCAAAGGUCUCGUUUCAUGUACUAGUCCAAAAUGAAGAUAUGAAUUCAACUACAGUAAGUGACAGUAAGCA